AUGCUAGUACACCAUGGAAUACGCGCGCCAAUUCGGCAUCGCACAUUUUGCACCACUAUUCGGGCACAAAGAAACUUUCCUAAUAUGCCGCGAGGUGUAGCUAAGGGAGGCCAUGGCACUGUGCAGCUCACGAAUCCAGCGCUGUUUCAUGAGAAAUCAUACAUCAAUGGUGCUUGGGUACAUGCGAUUAGUGGAAAAACCCAAAAAGUUUACAACAAAGCCACAAACGAAGUACUCGCUGAGGUGGUGGACCAGUCCCGCCAAGACACAGAGGAGGCUAUUCUUGCUGCUAACGAAGCAUUCAAGACAUGGUCAAAGACGACAGCUCAUUAUCGCCAUGAUCUGCUUCUCUCGCUCUUUUAUAAGAUCCGUGACAACAGCGAGGAUCUUGCCAGGCUGAUUGUUGCAGAGAAUGGCAAAGCAUUGUCGGAUGCCCGCGGCGAAGUUAACUAUGCCAACUCGUAUAUCCAAUGGUUUGCAGAGCAGACGCUGCGGAUUCAAGGCUAUACGACGCCAUCGGCCCAACCAGGUGUGCGCACGACGGUGAUCCGCCAGCCUGUGGGAGUGGCCGGUUUGCUUGCGCCAUGGAACUUUCCACUCGCCAUGAUUACGCGGAAAGUGGCGCCUGCACUAGGUGCGGGCUGCACGACAGUGGUGAAGGCACCGCAUGAAGCACCGCUCAGUGCGCUGGCGAUGGCCCAUCUAGCGGAGGAAGCGGGUAUUCCGAAAGGCGUUAUCAAUGUGCUUGUCUCGUCUCGAGGCACGAACGAGUCCGAGAUGGGUCUAGCGCUGUGUGAAAGUUCAAUGGUUGACAAAAUCUCGUUCACGGGAUCGACGCGUGUGGGCAAGAUUCUAAUGCGUCAAUCAGCUAGCACACUCAAGAAACUUUCAAUGGAGCUGGGUGGAAACGCGCCUUUCAUUGUGUUUGACGACGCUGACGUAGAUGCAGCCGUCAGCAAUGCUUUGGCGUGCAAGUUCCGCUGCGGUGGACAAACUUGCAUUUCGUUGAACCGUUUAUUUGUGCAUGCGGAUGUGUAUGAUGAAUUUGUGCAGAAGUUCAAGGAUCAAGUACAACAGCUGCGUGUCGGAUACGGAUUGGAUGAGAACAUCAACAUUGGUCCGCUUGUGAGUGAAGCAAGUCAGACCAAAGCUGAAUCACACGUCCGCGCCAUGCAGGAUGCGGGUUCUGAUGUGCUUGUCGGCGGUGAUAAAGGUGAAGGUCUGUUCUUUGAGCCCACCGUUGUGCUUGCAAAACAAGGCGUACGCAUGCCUACGGAUGAAGAAGAGACUUUUGGGCCAGUGGCUGUAAUCUACAAGUUUGAAUCAGAGGAAGAAGUGAUUCGACUUGCGAACGACGUACGCGUUGGCUUGGCAGGCUACUUCUUCAGCCAAAACGUGCAUCGAUGCUUCCGUGUUGCCGAGGCAUUGCAUGUGGGUAUGAUUGGUAUCAACACAGGCAUGAUCUCUUCGAGCGCCAUGCCGUUCGGUGGUGUGUUGGAAAGUGGGUUCGGCCGCGAAGGAGGACCUACAGGUAUGAACGAGUACUUGUAUGAGAAAGCACUUUGCUUCGGUGGCGUGUAA